UUCCAGCUUCCGGAAGGAUGUUACCUCUGAUGAUGAGGGUGUUAAUGCUGCUGCUGCUGCCCCUGGGUCAGGCUGCUCCCAAGGAUGGAGCCACGAGGCUGGACUCCGAAGUGCAGCAUCAGCUCCUGCCCAACCCCUUCCAGCCGGGCCUGGAGCAGCUCCGACUUCUGCAGGGCUACCUAAAGGGACUAGAGAAGAUGGAAGAGGAGCCAGAGCACCUGAGCUGGGAGCAGGUUCUCCUCUACCUCUUUGCCCUUCAUGACUAUGACCAGAGUGGACAGCUGGAUGGCUUGGAGCUGCUGUCCAUGUUGACAGCCGCCCUGGCCCCUGGAGUCGCUGACUCCCCUACCACCAACCCGGUGGUCCUGGUAGUGGACAAGGUGCUCGAGACCCAGGACCUGAAUGGGGACGGACUCAUGACCCCUGCAGAGCUCGUCAACUUCCCGGGAGAGGGCCCCAGGCAUGCAGAGCCCAGAGAGCCCCUUGCUCCAUCUCCCCGGGAGCCACAAGCUGUUGGGAGACAAUCCCUGUUAGCAAAAAGCCCAUUAAGACAAGAGAUACAGGAAGUCCUGGAUCCCAGAGAAGCAGCUGGGGGCCAUGUAGAGGCCAGAAGGGAGUCCUUGGAGCCUGUCCAGGAGGCUGGGGGCCAGGCAGAGGCUGAAGGAGAUGCCCCAGGACAUGGAGGGAAGGCUGGAGGUCAGGCAGAGGCUGAAGAAGAUGCCCCAGGCCAUGGAGGGGAGGCUGAGAGCCAGGCAGAGGUCAGGGACAAUGGGGAGGAAGCCAAAGAGCUUCCAGGGGAAACACUGGAGUUGAAGAACACCCCAAAUGAGUUUGAGGUUCACAGUAUUCAACUGGAGAAUGAUGAGAUGUAAACCUUGAGGAUACAUGCUUGCACCUCUUGCAGUCUCAGUGCCAGGACACAAGCCACUAAAGGAGGCAUUUGUGUUGGGACCACUUCUGUGUCCCCUUUCUGGCCCCGGUAGCUGUCAGGUCUUUCUCUGUGGCUCAGGUGGACCCUAAGUUAAGUGGCAGCUUUAGGGCCCAGAUAACCAAUAAAUAACUGAAUUAAUUUAUCCCCCCAGGCCAUCUAUCUACUGGUCCAGCCUGACCAGACCCCCUAGGGGCACAGGGGGUUGGGAAUUGAAUAGGCUCUUGAGGAACAGGGGUUCAGCUUUCCCAGUGUGUCCAGCCCAGGGUGCUAAGACAGCAGAGUGUGUCCGUACCAGCCACAGCGAGCUGCAGACAGCCCUGUGAAAAAGCUCGGUCUACCUCCGGGGCCCCAAUAUGCUCCUGUCCCCCCUUCACCUGGUGAAGGGGGGGUUCAGACACCCUGUGCCCUCCUGAAGCUCAGGGCAGAUAGUCCCCAUCACCCUGUAUCUGCCCCCCCCCAGUAAUAUUAAUAAUAACUACCAUUUUUGAGAGUUUAGUACACACCAGGCACCAUGCUGGGCAUUUUAUAUAUUAUAUGAUUUUCUAUGAUCAGGCAGAAUUGGCUCCAUUUGACAGAUGAGGACAUUGAGAAAGCCUGAGCUCAGUACUGUACCCUAAGGUGACAUACAGCUAAUUAAAUGGCAGAUUUGAAACCA